AUGAAUGUAAUCAACUCACCAGCGGACAUCUAUACAAGUUCUCAUUCCGACGGCGACACCACUGGUUCACUGUGGCUGUGGUUGAUCCCAAUAGUCAUUGGAUGGUUGCAACUCUCCCCCAAAUGUGAUUUUCGUCGCUUACAAGCAGCUUAUAGCCAUGCAGACCAGCAUGCACACAUAGGGCCAGCAGGUGCUCAUAUGGGAACACCAAGUGCAUCAGCCCAAAGAGCUUUAACAAUAACUGCUCGGGAGAAGGAUGUGAUGUCUCCAGAUGAGCUCCUUACCCCUCCAGUGUUUAAUUACUCAUCUGACACUGUCUUCCUGAUGUUCGAGAUGGCAUCAGAGAAGGCCCAAAACCACAUUCCUGUUGCUUUGGGGAGUGAUUGGGUUGAGUCCGACACCUCUGAUACCAUCUACCCCAGCAAUCGAUGUGGGUCAUCCACGGAUAUCAUCGCAUGCUGCACCAAGCCCCAUGGUGUAGUACAUCGCAGCCAUUGGGCACCCGUGGGGAAUGGUCGGGGCAGCGUUCAUGAUGGCAUGGUUCACCCCUACUACAGUUAUUCCCAUCGAAGGGUACUGUCUGCUCGCGUUGCUUUGGUGCUGUCGCACUGGCUGCGAUGGGCAGGCAAAGCAUUAGCAGUUGCAAACUCCAUAUGGCUGGUGUUGGCGUGCACUUUCAUGUAUUCCAGCUUCUACAAUACAUGCUUCUGCAAUUCUAGCGUGGUCAGUAGGGGAGAGGCUGCAUACAAUGUGAUCAUCGAAACUGCAGCCCAAGCUGCACAACGUAGGGUUGCCUGUAUCGGUGGUCUUAUCGUGGCAUGUACCUCAUUGUUCUUCUUCCUUGGUCUCAUGAACCUUUUAUUGGAUACAGUUCUGUCGUAG